AUGAAGGUCCGCCUCAAAGUCACGGGUGAGGACUUUGAGGUUGUUCGCGUCGAGGAGAAGUGUAGCAGACACCUAAGUCUUGAGCAGCACAUCCACGCGUUCGACGUUGCUGCUCCGGCCACGGUCGGGAUCAUGCAUUAUGGCGCGACGACAAGCAGUUUCUCACCGACAAUGCCCGAGUCGAUUCUUGUCCGUGACGUCCUUGAGCCAUUGAGCAAGAAGACAACCAAGGUGUAUAUCCGACUUCUUCUCUUUGGCACUCAAGUGGAAGGAUGGGUCUUGGAAACAUCUAUACUGAUUACAGCCGGAAAGCGAGCGGUCAAGUGGGCGCAAGAUGCCAUGCUUGACCUCCGCAGCAUGGAGUAA